CCACAGUUUGGAAGGGGCGUGGCUACGCCGGAAGGGGGAGGGGCUGGGCAGCGUAGCGUCAUUACGUGGGCGGGGCGACUUUACUUUGACGCGAUUGGGCUCCCACGACGGCCGCGUGCAGCAGAAUCGCGUCUCCAAACUUCAAGAUAUUUUUGUUUUUCUCAACGCAAGAUGGCGACAAAUCUCCUCAACAAUCGCUAUGCGGUUUUGGAAAAACUGGGUGAAGGAACAUUUGGCCAGGUGUUCAGAUGCUGGGACCACAGGAACCACAAGGAGAUGGCCCUCAAGAUGAUUGACUCCACAUUAAGCGUCACGGACGCAGAAGUAUAUAACGAGGCUGGCUUCCUGAAGAUGUUGAGACACAAAAGCAUCAUCCGGCUUGAGGAAAACUUCGUCGUGGGAGAUUACCAUUAUCUCGUGUUGGACUACAUCAACGCGGGCAGCCUCUUUGACGUGGUGAACUCGAACGGAGCAUUUACUCUGUCCUCCGUCAAGAGAUACGCCCGAUCCCUGAUGGAAGUGCUGGCCUUCCUGAAGAAGAACGGCGUAGUCCAUGGGGACCUCAAGCUGGAAAACAUCUUGGUGAAAGAUCACCACACGGCAGCCAUCCGAUUGGCCGACUUCGGAGGAAGUUUUUUUGAAUCUGAAUUUCGUAAGUUACACUUUAUAUACAUUUAUACACAUCAUCACAUUUCUAAAUAUUCCUACAGAUCCUGUUAUCUGGAAUAAUUUUGUGUUUUAUAUAGCGUCGUUCAUGCAAAUUGCGUGAACGAUGCUGAUGUGAACAGGCAUCACGCAGUGAUGCCUGUGCAUGGUAGCUCCACACGAGGUAUUAAGGGAAUGCUCACAACUCCUUACGACCUCCAAUUCACAACCGUGCAUUGGGAAUGUCCACUUCCGUGUAAAAUCACGUCCUGUCAUAUUCU